UCUACCUGCAUUUUUCCAACUCUACAAACAAUUCUCAAAGCCAAAAUCAAUCUCAAGGUCAGACAUUUUUCUUUCUUCAUCUUUCGUCCUUCCCCUUCGAAUCUUCAUGGAUCUUGCGCCGGAGGAGCUCCAAUUCCUGUCAUUGCCGGACAUUUUGAGGGAAUCGAUUGCAAUCCCCCGACGAUCCCCAAAGACCUUCUAUUUCAUAACCCUAACCCUGAUUUUCCCUCUUUCUUUUGCCAUCUUGGCUCACUCCCUCUUCACCCACCCCAUCUUGGCUCAACUCGAGGACCACCCCUCAGCGGACCCAGCUCAGACCCGCCACCAGUGGACCCUUUUGUUGAUUUAUCAGUUCUGUUACCUCAUCUUUCUCUUCGCCUUCUCGCUGUUGUCCACUGCUGCUGUUGUGUUCACCGUUGCGUCGCUUUACACUUCAAAGCCAGUGUCUUUCACUUCAACUAUUGCGGCCAUCCCCAGGGUUUUUAAGCGGCUUUUCAUCACCUUUUUGUGGGUUUCGCUUCUGAUGCUUGUUUACAAUGCUAUUUUGAUCAUUCUCCUGGUGAUUUUUGUCAUUGCAGUUGAUGCCCAGAAUGCGUUUCUGGUGAUUUUCUCUUUUGUUGUUAUUAUGGUUCUUUUCUUGGGUGUUCAUGUGUACAUCACGGCUUGGUGGCAUUUAGCUAGUGUGGUGUCGGUGCUGGAGCCCAUUUAUGGGUUUUCUGCAAUGAAGAAGAGCUAUGAGUUGCUGAAGGGCAGGGUGAGGAUGGCUUGCAUAUUGGUCUUUUGCUACUUGGCAAUCUGUGCAGUGAUUAAUGGUAUUUUCGGGCAAGUGGUCGUACAUGGAGGAGAGUAUUUUGGUGUUUUCCAAAGGAUUGUGGUGGGAGGGUUUCUUGUGGGGGUUUUGGUGAUUGUGAAUCUGGUUGGCUUGCUGGUGCAGAGCGUCUUUUACUAUGUCUGUAAGAGUUAUCACCAUCAGGGCAUCGAUAAGUUGGCUUUGCAUGAUCACCUUGGAGGAUAUCUUGGGGAGUAUGUGCCUCUGAAGAGCAGCAUUCAGAUGGAGAACUUAGAUGUCUGAUAAAAACAGAUCUGUAUGAAAUGGUGUAGAAUGAAAAUAUCUUUGUUAUUGGUAUGUGUAAUUCUCACUCUCUGUGCUCUACGGAUAUCUGUUCCUUUUGUUUUUAAUCUUUUCGCAAUAACAGUUUCAUAUACAUGUUUUGUUUAAUGUGUAGCACGUGUGUGUCAUAGUGCAAUUUACAAUAGAAAUUGUGCAAUGCCUUUUGUUCUUAACAAUUGGUUUUAGAUUUAGGAAUGAACCUUAUAGUUGAUGCUUACAGGGGAACAAUCUUCUUAUUUUAGAUAUUGCUGUAAUCAAGUGUUAAGGGAGAUGGUGUCUUUUAGGCAUUUGGUGCUAACAAUUUUGCUAAGGAUUGUAGUAGGCAACUAGAGAGCGUAUAACAUAAGGGGUCGCUGAUUUCCUUGCUUUUUGCUCAGUCAACGCCCUUAAGGGAAGUGGUAAUGGACUGAUAUGAAAACAGGGAUUAGCGAUCGCCACAUAACCAGAUAAGGUAGUUUCUGUUUAGCUUUUCAACAAUUUAGAGGCAACUUAAAUUCUAUGGUCCAUGCUUUGAAAAAUGGUUGUAUCCAAAAUUUGCAAUGAGUCAAUGACUCAUUUUUAUCCAUGGAUGCCCUGAAUGAGGAAGUAACCAAUGUCAUUGGAGUGAUUAAACUUUGACUUGUAAUAUAAUUUGGGGGAAAAUUGCUAUUUAGCUACUUGUAGUUCCAAGAAAGUGCACAUAAAGACUUAUUUUAAAA